GGAGCGAGCGGGCGGGAGCGCGCGCCGGGCCCGCCUCGGCUGCCGCCGCCACCGCCACCUCUACCGCCGCGGGAGAAUGAUCUGGGCGGUAGCGGGCGGCCCGGGCUAGCGGCCACGAGCCAGUUCUGCGGCUGCCCAGACAAGCAAAGGUCGCCAGCCCCGAGUGGACCCCCUCUCCGCCCCCCAGGAGGGGCGACGGGGAGCAGCUGCUGAUGUCAGAAAUACACUUUCGGGAAAUGGCCUCUAAAUCUUGGUUGAAUUUUUUAAUUUUCCUCUGUGGAUCAGUAAUAGGUUUUUUUUUAUGCUCUCAGCUAUUUAGUAUUUUGUUGGGAGAACAGGGUGACACACAGCCCAAUAUUCUUCAUAAUGAUCCUCAUGCUAGGCAUUCUGAUGAUAAUGGACAGAAUCAUCUGCAAGGACAAAUGAACUUCAAUGCAGAUUCUAGCCAACAUAAAGAUGAGAACACAGACAUCGCUGAAAACCUCUUUCAGAAAGUUAAAAUUCUUUGUUGGGUUAUGACAGGCCCUCAGAAUCUAGAGAAAAAGGCCAAACAUGUCAAAGCUACAUGGGCUCAACGUUGUAAUAAAGUGUUGUUUAUGAGUUCAGAAGAAAAUAAAGACUUUCCUACUGUGGGAUUAAAAACCAAAGAAGGCAGAGAUCAACUCUACUGGAAAACAAUUAAAGCUUUUCAGUAUGUUCAUGACCAUUAUUUAGAAGAUGCUGAUUGGUUUCUGAAAGCAGAUGAUGAUACAUAUGUCAUACUAGACAAUUUGAGAUGGUUGCUUUCAAAUUAUGACCCUAAAGAACCUAUUUACUUUGGGAGAAGAUUUAAGCCCUAUGUAAAGCAGGGUUACAUGAGUGGGGGAGCAGGAUACGUACUAAGCAAAGAAGCCUUGAAGAGAUUUGUUGAUGCAUUUAAAACAGAGAAAUGUACACAUAGUUCCUCCAUUGAAGACUUAGCCCUGGGAAAAUGCAUGGAAAUCAUAAACGUAGAAGCUGGAGAUUCCAGAGAUACCACUGGAAAAGAAACUUUUCAUCCCUUUGUACCAGAACACCACUUAAUCAAAGGUUAUCUACCCAAAACCUUUUGGUACUGGAAUUAUAACUACUAUCCUCCUGUAGAGGGUCCUGGUUGCUGUUCUGAUCUGGCAAUUUCUUUUCACUAUGUUGACUCUACAACUAUGUAUGAAUUAGAAUACCUCGUUUAUCAUCUUCGUCCAUAUGGUUAUUUAUAUAGGUAUCAACCUGCCUUACCUGAGAAUAUAUUAAAGGAAAUAAAUCAAGAAAACAAAAAUGAAGAUACAAAAGUAAAAUUAGGAAACCCUUGAAAGAAAAAUGUGAAUGAACCGAGGUAAAAUGUCCAGCAUUGCAGUGAAGAACUUCUGCAUUUCUGACAUAGAACCCUGAAAUCCCAAUGAGAAAUUCAUUCUAUGAGAACAUUCCAUAUAGAAAUCUUUCAACUGAAAGACUGUAAACUUAAGCUUUAAAUGAGCUGUGAAGUCUGUUAAAAUGUGUUUUGAUACAGUAAUAUAUAAAUAUAAAUACAUAUAUAUGAAAAAUAUGUGUUUUCUUAAGACAGUGGCAAGGUAGAAGAACUAGAAGAGAUUUUGUUGCCUGCUCCUGACUGUGUGUAAUAUUGUCACUGAAAAACUGAAACAGUUAAAUUUGCUAAAACUGCACUGUACCAUGUAACAUACACAAUGCUAAACAGAUCUGCCUUAAAUUUAGAAGGAAAUAUCGUUGCUCAGUGUUGUUUAUACUCAUUUGCUGUGUGAUAUAAAUGAAACAAUCCCACCACACAGUUGUCUAAUGAAAAUUCUGCUGUGAUUAUUUAUAAUCAGCAAUAUUUAUUCAAAAAGAAGGUAGAAUAAGAAUGGCACUUAUCCUAAAGUGCAUUAAUAAAAUUACAUUUUCAAAGUUA